CACUGAUCAGUGGAUCUCCAGAGACUAGCAGAGUAAGAUGUGUCUCAUCGCCAAGGGGAUUCGAUGGUUGCUGCCCCUUGUGGUUCUGUGCCUUCUUCUUCAUGCAUGCAAAUGUGCUCUGGAACCGACAUUUAAACGGUGCUGCGUACUGGGCUCAAAUUGGGCGGCAGAAGAUUUAAAAUGCAACAACUUCCCAGCCCCGGUUACGGGGAUUCCGGCAGAACAACAAAGUAUCUGUCUGUCUGCAGUUGAAAUAUGUUGCCUUCGGAAGCACAGGGAGAAGCAGUGUGAGGACGGCAAGGGAGCUGCCCGGUCUGGCGCUGACUGCCUGGUUAUGUCCAGCACAGGAGGUGAAUACCACAAGGACUGCUGCGAAGGCUGUAAACUGGGAUUGAUGUCUGGCUCCAUGGGAAUGGAAUGUAUUUUCCAAAACUUUGAGUUUGGACCUCCAUGGGAUAAAGCAUAUCAUGCUUGCUGUCUGGAAUCAAAACCUUCCACCACUUCACCAACCAGCAUCUCCACAGCUGUGACUGCUGCUAGUCAGAAGAGGGAAACUAACAUUCCAACACCAGCUUUGGAUAGUCUCUGUGACCUUCUACCAGGAGAACUGUGUGCUCAUAUAUGUGUGCCUGUUCCUGGCUCUUUCUACUGUUUAUGUCGAGAAGGAUUUACAUUAAUGGCUGAUGGAAAAUCAUGUCAGCACGAUGACUUACCUGACAGGUGCAAAAUGAACAAUCCCUGUGCUCAUAAGUGUCUGGACACUGGAGUUGCAAUUGAGUGCUCGUGCCAUCCAGGUUAUAAGUUGGCAUCUGAUGAAAGAAACUGUAAUGAUAUUGAUGAAUGUGCUCUCGGAACUUACAUAUGUGAUUCUGAUGACCAGGCCUGUCGAAAUGAACCUGGCACCUAUUUGUGUGUGAACCCGGAUGGUUCAGUCGCAAAACCACCCAUUCAAACAAAUAGACCAGUAGUAAAUGAUUUUGGUGCUGGAAAAUGUCCUUUAGGAUAUAAAUUUAAUUUGCAGUCCCAAGUAUGUGAUGAUAUCGAUGAAUGCAUGUUGGACGUUGACAACUGUGGAAGCAACAGUGCCUGCCAAAAUACGAUCGGCUCAUACAUAUGUAUUAGAGCUCCUGUAGAAACGUGUCCACCUGGAUAUAGAUUUGAUGAUUUCCAACAGAUUUGUUCUGAUAUUGAUGAGUGUUCUGAAGGACUGGAUGACUGCCAAAGAGACAAGCAUUUCUGUUUAAACACAGAAGGAAAUUACACCUGCCAGCCGCAGCACGAUUCAAAGUGCCCAGCAGGAUACAAAUAUAACAAAGCAGCAGCAAUAUGUGAAGAUGUGGAUGAAUGUGGAGAAAAUCUUCAUGGCUGUGCCCCUGACACAGAGACCUGUCGCAACACAGUGGGAGCCUAUGAAUGUGACAUGAAGUGUGACUUGGGUUACCAGUAUAGCCUCGGUCUCAGGACAUGUGUUGAUAUCGAUGAAUGUCAUUUGGGACAGCACAAUUGUAAGGUCAGAAGAUGUCUGAAUACCAUUGGCAGCUAUACCUGUGUCAGUGAGCCAAAAGCUGCCUGUCCAGCUGGCUAUAAACCAAGUUCUGACAAGGAAAAGCAGUGUCAAGAUGUAGAUGAAUGCAGAGAAAAUGUGGAUUCAUGUGAUCGAUAUUCUGAGACCUGCAUCAAUGAAAUCGGUAGUUACAGAUGUGAACCUAUCGUGAAUUCAGCCACAAAUGAAAAUAGAACCACAAGUUUAAGAUCUGCUCAUACUGGACAGAACAGUGAAGAAAACAAAUUGGAAGUUUGCCCUUCAGGCUACAACUACAGUUACAGCAGGAAAACUUGUUUAGAUUUGGAUGAAUGUAUGCUUGGAACUAACAACUGCAAUCCAAGUGAGCAAUGUGUAAAUAACCCAGGCAGCUUCUGGUGUAACCCAACAUGUAGGGCAGGCUACCAGCUGGAUCCGCAAAACCCUCAGACCUGUAUUGACAUUGAUGAAUGUCAGGAGAAAGUUGAUACCUGUCAUCGAAAUAAGGAAAGAUGCAGGAACACAGAAGGGAGUUUUAUCUGUGAACCAGUGUACCAUUGUCAACCAGGAUACAAGAAAACUCAAAAUGAUCUAUGUGUAGAUAUAGAUGAAUGUGCAGAAGGCAGACACAACUGUAUCCAAGGAGUCCAGCUGUGUAUAAACACACUGGGCAGUUACAAUUGUGUAGACCAUAAGACCAUCUGUGGACGUGGCUUUAGGUAUAAUAGUACAUAUCUACACUGUCAAGAUAUCAAUGAAUGUGAAGAAGAACUGCAUAACUGCAACGCACUUACACAGGUCUGCAUCAAUACUCGUGGAAGUUUCCAGUGUCAAAAUCAACAGAAAGUUACUCCCCAGCCAUUGUGUCCAGUGGGAUUCCAACUUGACAGAGAAUCUCAGACGUGUGUUGAUGUAAAUGAGUGUGCUGAGAGCCAGUUGAAAUGCACACAUGGAGAGGAAUGUGUAAACACACAAGGAAGUUUCCGCUGCCUCAGAACAUCAAAACUGAACUCAACAAGCGUGUCCUCGACAACAAUUUUACCAGCUUUUCUAGGACCAAGUUUUCAAGACUCCAAUCAGAUCUGCCCUGCUGGUUUCCGAUACAAUACACAGAGCAGAAGAUGUUUUGAUGUGAAUGAGUGUGAGGAGGGGACUCAUGUCUGCAGCAGGGAGGCGUGUAUCAAUGAGCCAGGAGGCUACAGAUGUGUGCCUAAAUCCUCAGAUGCACGUCAGUGUCAGGCAGGCUUAAAAUCUGACCACGCCACUGACACAUGUGUGGAUAUUGAUGAAUGUGCAGAGAAUACGGAUCCCCCAUGUGACAGUAAUCAAGAGUGCAUGAAUACACAUGGAAGUUUCCAGUGCAUAUGUCAGACUGGCUUCCAGCUGGACCCUCUGCUUCAUGCCUGUGUUGAUAUCAAUGAGUGUCAGCUGAACAAACACGAUUGCUUGCCAAGUCAGCGCUGUGAUAACACCAUUGGAUCAUACCAGUGCAUCCGUUUCACGAGCUGUGGCACAGGAUACACACUGAAUGCUCAGACAGGACUGUGUGAAGAUGAUGAUGAAUGUGCAUUGGGGACCGAUAAUUGCAGAAAUCUUGGUCCCACGUGGCAAUGCCGCAACACUCUCGGUUCCUUCCGCUGCGAGAGGAAGCACUGUGAUGACAAGAAAGUACUGCUUAGCAAUGGUGAAUGUAAAGCGGUUGAGUGUCCUACUGGUUAUGAAGCGAGUCAGCAAGGCCAGUGUAUCGAUAUAAAUGAAUGUCAGCGUAACAAUCCCUGCAGGCGGAAUCAACGCUGCCUCAACACUGCUGGCUCAUAUCGCUGUAUCAGUUACCUCAACUGUGGUGGUGGCUUUGAACUGAAUGAGGCAGGAAACCAGUGUGUUGAUAUUGAUGAAUGUGCAAAAUCAACACACGACUGUGGACGUGGUCAACUGUGUAUCAAUCGUGUGGGUGGUUACAUAUGUCAGUGUCCCAGCGGCCAUGUGUUAGACGAGCAGAAAGAAUGUGUUGAUGUUGACGAAUGUACCAGGUUUGCAGGCCAAGUGUGUGCCAUAAAUUCUAAGUGUGUCAACAAUGUAGGAUCUUAUCGUUGCGUGUGCAAUGAUGGAUUCCGUCAGGAUCCAAAAGGAGGCAAUGGUUGUGUAGAUAUUGAUGAAUGUGCAGAAUCUACUGGCCUCUGUCAACAGAACUGUGUAAAUAUCUGGGGCUCCUACAGAUGUUCAUGCAACCCUGGCUUCACUCUGCAUCAUGACAACAGAUCAUGCCAGGAUGUAGAUGAGUGUGAACAGUUCAAAGACCGUAAUCUCUGUGUUGGAAUAUGUGUUAACCAGGCAGGAAGUUACACCUGUCAAUGUCCAGAAGGCUAUCGCAUUGGGAUUGAUGGGAGAACAUGUCAAGACAUUGAUGAAUGUUUGGACGGUAGCGUUUGUCGAAAUCCCAAUGAAGUCUGCCUGAAUACCCGUGGCAGCUACCGUUGCAAUUCCAUCACCUGUCCUCCAAACUUCAUCAAGGAUCCGGAACACAAGAAUCGCUGUAAGAGAGCAUCCCUCUUCUGCCGGGAAGGAGAUACUGAGUGUCUUCGCUUGCCUUCGAGCAUCUCCUUCAACUUCAUCACGUUUGUGUCGAACCUUGCCAUUCCGCCUGUGGGUUACAUCGACUUAUUCACCAUGCGUGGUCCACUGUGGUCCAGUUCCAGCGUUAGGUUCAAAUUGGACAUGCUCGAUUCCCGAGCUCCUGCUGGAAUUUCUCCAGUGACCAAAGAUUUCUUUCAACUUCGUCAGACAUCUCCUAAUCAAGCCAUUAUUUCACUGAGAAAUUCUAUUCAAGGUCCACAGCAGAUAGACUUACAGUUAUCAAUGGAAUUAUAUCAUAGUGGUGUGUUUGGAGGUUCCGCAGUGGCAAAACUCUCAAUUUUUGUUUCAGAGUAUGAAUUCUGAUGUCACUGCCAAAGAUGAAUUCUCUGUGGCACUACUUCACGGAAUAAAGAAUAAAUGUGAAGUAAUAUCAUGCUUAUAUUAGUUAUUCUAGUUGCAAGUUGUAUGUUUAUGCGUAGCCGGAGGAAACUUAUACAACCAUUAACACCAUAUGUGUUCCAACACUUUCAACAUGGAACCUGUGUUGAUGGAGAUGUCUGUGCAGAUGCUAACAUGAAAAAUUUUAAUUUCUACUAAGCAGAUUGUAUAAUAUAUUGAAGUUUCAAGGGUCAGGUGAAGAUUCGGAGAUUUCUUUAUAAACUAUAAAGAGAAUGUUUAUUUUUACAUUAAUGUAUUGUGUGGGAAUAUCAGUUCAGGUAAUGAAAAACGUUCCACACUUGGCAGUAAUGUGUUUUACCUUGUAAUUUUUUAAAUUAUUCUUGGCAUUUUAUUUUCUUUUGUCAUUCACAUAUGAUUGAGAGGUAGCCUUUCAGUAUCAUUUAGCUACUUUGUGGCGACUACUUACUCAAUAUAUACAGUGCAGCCUUGAUAAUCUGAACUAAUGGAAGUGCUGGUGUGUUCAGACUAUCAGAUUUUUCACAUAACUGAGUUUAAAAUAAAAUAUUCAAAUUUUUUGGUAAAAUUAUUUAUUCAAGAUGUAUAUGUACAAUUUUAUAUAAAAAUAAUGAUCAGGAUCUACCACCAUUUGACUAUACACCCGGUUUGGGGCAGGAGUAACCAGGUUACAUCUUUGACCACCCAGGGAAAAGAAAAUCAGUGAAACAUAAUAUCAUGUUUCACGACAGUUCAUUUCUAGAACAGGGAAGUAAAAGAAUUAUGUUAAAUUUUUAAUUUUUGGAGUUGUUGAUUCGAUUUAUUUAUUUUUUAGGCAGGGAUAGCGCAGAGAGUAUAGCGACUGGCUAUGAGCUGGAUAACGCAGGUCAAAGUUUGAGUCCCGCUGGGAGCAAGAAUUUUCACUUCAACAUGUUGUCCAGACUGGCUCUGGUGUCCAGCCAAGCUCCUGUCCAAUGGGUAA